UACGAAGGGGAAAUGUUGAAUUCUCAACGGGAAGGCCGUGGCGUCUGUUUAUUCCACAGCGGAUUUCUUUACGAAGGGGAAUGGAAACGCAACAAGGAACACGGUUUCGGUAAGCUCAUGACGUCGGAUCGAACACGUGUUGUCUAUCAGGGCGAAUGGGAACGUGGACGUAUGCACGGGGUCGGAUCUUACCAUUAUUCGAGCACUGCCAUCGCCGGUGAUGCAAAAAUCCAGUCCAAAUACGAAGGUGAUUUUAAAGAGAAUUUGCGACACGGAGAUGGCACCUACGUACUACCCGAUGGGUCGGUGUACACGGGCCAAUGGAGAGAUGGCAUGAUGUCUGGACGUGGGGUAUUCACGUGGCCGGAUGGAUCAUUGUAUGAGGGCGAUUGGAAAGAUGGAAAGAGACAUGGGUUAGGUGUUUUAAAAGUUUCGGAUGGAUUCUCUUACGAUGGCAAUUGGGUAAGGAAUGCGAUGGAAGGACGUGGAUCGGCAACUUAUCCUAACGGGCAGCAGUACCACGGUCUAUUUACCAAUGGUCGGAGAGAAGGCCGAGGGACUAUGUACUUCACUAAUGGGGCUGUGUACGAAGGUAGAUUUCGUGACGAUGCCAUCGACGGUCAAGGAACUAUG